UCUGCCAUCAUUAUAGAGAUCUGUCAUCCACUGAGCAAACAAAGGAAACCACGCAAUAUGGUAGUGAAGAGCGCUCGCUGCUGAUUAAUGCGCAGCCACCACAGUGAGACGUGCCAGCUCGCGGGGUAGAACAACACUGGGUGACUCGGCCUCGUCCCAGUGCUAGUGCAGACCUUGGUGGAUGAGGAGCUGCAGGACUGCUGGUGACAAAGGUUGUGUGUUGCUCAGGAUGGAGAUAAAUCACAAAGGCAUUACCUACGAUGAGCUUUCUUCCUCGUACAAGGAGAGAACGAUCAUCGAUGUACGUAACCGUAACGAGAUUGAGGCUUGCGGCCAGAUCCCAGGUUCCCACUGCAUCCCAGUCACAGAGAUCAAGUUGGCAUGUGACCUAGACCCGGAGAGUUUCAAGACGAGGUACGGUUUUGAGAAGCCAGCUUGCGAGGAUGACCUAGUGGUGUGCUGUAAGUCUGGCAUUCGCUCCAAGGCGGCCUGCGAUCUGCUGCAGUCCAAGGGUUACAAAAGACACAGGAUCUACCGCGGCUCCUUCAGCGAGUGGGAGGAGAAAGGCGGGGAAGUGGUGAAGCCUGGCCAGCCCUACGAGUACAACUUCGAUGACAGCAGCGACGAGGAAGAGAGUUUCUCAGGCCCUGCCGCAGAAAACCCUUCAAAUCUCAUCUCUGACACUUCCCCACCCGCGCCCGACGCUUCCCUCCAGGCUCGCAAUGACUACAACAAGAGCCUUUGAUCAUUGCACGAAUGUAGAUGAUUAAUAGGUACACGUCUGAUUAGAAUGACACUUUCGGCCUGACGAAUUCCUUAUUUGUCUUUUCGUCAAGUCUCUUCCAGAUUUAACUCAUCUAAGUCAUAUUUCUCCAGAGACAGAAUUGAUCAUCACUCAGUUUAAGUUAUAUUUCGUUAAAGUUCUUAUUGUUGCCAAAAUAUAGUGGAAUAUGAUAAUUGUAAUGCACCAGAACACUCUUCCACUUGUCCUGUUAAACCCUGCUAUGUUCUUCCGGUAUAACAAGCUCCAAGUAUAUACUCGUCUACCAAUCGCUUUAGUUAGUGUGAAUCACGGAGGCACACUGGUGUUUUUAAAGGUACGAGACAACUCUCACACGUUGUCUGUGCCGCCAUAAAGACCUCAGGCUUAGCUCUCCUGUCAGGGGGGAAAAAAAGUCAUAGAAAGGAAGCCGUGAACAGUGUGCAAACACACUGAGCACGAGUGACCAUGAAUCAAUAAAGAGUUGGUGUAUUUUUGUAUGAUGGUUUUAGUAUAUAUACAUAUAUAUAUAUAUAUAUAUAUAUAUAUAUAUAUAUAUAUAUAUAUAUAUAUAUAUAUAUAUAUAUAUAUAUAUAUAAGAAAGUCACAAGCAUCUUAGUCUAGAAUUACAAUUUUUUUGUCAGAUGUAUGUUUUCGAUCGAAUGUUCUAUGAAUAUAUUUUCCAUGUAAUUCAUG